GGGGGGAGGAGGAGCUGGGAAAGGAGACCCCUCUUCAGUAAUUGCAAGCCCGAUUUCCACAAGGACCGAGAGCGCAUCACCUCCCCCUAAGCCCUCUCCCCCCGGGCAUCGCGGGGCUCAUCCUCCCCUCGGGGGAGAGACACCCCUGCGUGGUGGCGACGGGUGUCUGUCUCACGGGGAGAAACGUGGAGGAAAGGGGCGGGAUGGUGGAAGCUGCAAAUAACGAAGAACCAUAUUCUGUUGAGUUAAUAAAAAAGAAUGACAUUUAUGGCAGCAUCGAACAUAAAGUUGAUGUUUACGUAAAAGUGUAUACAAAUAGUCCAUUUCUAGUAUGCAUGGAUUUAGCACUUUCUCAAAAAGAACUUGUAGAUCCCAAGUACUUGUGGAUUGGUCCAAAUGGAAAGAAUCUAGAAGGACAAAGUUAUGCGACUGUCACUAAAACAGGAAAGCUGAUGGUGAGAGGUUUUCAGGAGUCUAUGUCUGGAUCGUACACUUGCACUCUUUCUUACGAUAUCAUCAAAACUGACACGCAAGAAGAGAAAGAAAAAUAUAAGGCAUAUAAAUUUAUGGUAUAUGCAUACCGGGAACCUGACUACACAUACCAGAUAUCUGUUCGGUUUACUACGAAAGAAUGCAGCCUAGCAGCCAAUGGUCAAUUUUUUGAAGGACUGAAGAUACAUUUGGAUGACUUAAUCUCCCAUUUGACAUGCCAUAUCAUAGAACCAUCAUACAAAUGCCAUGUUGUCAAGCCACCGAAACAUGGCCUCCUGCAUGAGCUAUUUUUUACUUUUAAAGUAAAUCCUUUUGCCCCAGGAUGGGAAGCAGUUUGCCAUCAGAUUUCUUAUGAUUGUGAAGAUGAAACCAACAGGAGAAUUCAAAAGGCAAGAGAUCUCAUUGAAGAAUUUUUCCAUGAACAACCUCUUGUUCUGAAGCAUGAGUUUCAGAAUAUACCUGCAAUACAUUAUAUAGACCACAGUUUUGAAGUUACUCGCAUUGACAGCUGUCGACCAGGUUUUGGAAAAAAUGAUGUAACCCACAGUGAUUGUGCUAGUUGUUGUGUGGUUUGUGAUCCUGGAACAUAUAGUCCAAACAAUGAAAUAACCUGUCGGAUUUGUAAAAACAUUCGAAUCAAAUACUACGGAGCUAAAUCUUGCUAAUAAACUUAAAAUAGAAAUUGGAAAACUGAAGAAAAGUUGUGAAAGCAUUAUUAUUCUUUUGUGAUGUCCAUUUUUUAACAAAUAGGGCUUUUACUGUUACAGUUAAACAGCAAAUCAUUUCAUAAUUCAUAUAAUUCUACUUUGUAUUUAAGAGCUAGCUGUGGCUGGAUAUUCUAAAAAUGUCUAACAUAAAAUGAUCAGGCACAAAGUAAUUAAAUAGAAGAAAAGAAUUUGAAAACAAUUAUGAGCACUGAUAUGUAGCUUUUAAUGAAAAGUGUCUGGUUUGUUGUAAUGACAAUGAACACAGCUACAAAACUAUAAUUACUUUAAAAUAAAUGAAAGAGCCAUAAGCAAUUCAUGCAGAUGACAUAAAUAUUUUCUCAUAUACAACAUGCACCUUUUCCCCAAAAAUCAGCAUCCCAAAAUUGGGGUGCCUAUAUUAAUUGGGAAAGCUGUUUUCUGUGUUGGAGAAGAAGCAUGUCUGAAGACACUUGGCGUUCCACGCUGCUGCCCAGAUGGCUGCCGCUUGUCCCACUCAGCAAGCUUAAAGGGCCAAGUCCUAUGUUAACUCUCUCAUAGCCACAGCUAUUGACUGAGCAAUGUAGCUUGUGCCUGAAGCAGCAAGUGAGCAACUGGUGGUAUUGUGAUGAGAAUUGUGAUGUGGACAACACUGUUAUUUACGGGAACUUAUAUGAAGAACUACUUACAGUAAAGUGCUAAUAGUCCUGCUACUGCCCUUGCAAGGGUCUGGGGCCUAACCUUGUGUGACAAAGAGUAAGUCCUCUUGGAAACAUAAGAGUGUCCAGGAGGUAUGGUAUCCCAGGCUAUAGUCUGGGUGAGGCAGCAGGAGCUUUCUGCUGCACCAGAGAAUUCCUUUGCCUGCUACCUCCCCCAUAUUGACUUCUGAGAUACCAUAUUUCCUGGACAAUUCUUUCAUGCUUCCAGGAGAAGUUAUUCUAUGUCACAGAGCCAGCCAUGACUCUAGAAACAUCUUUUUUUGACAGUCUGCCUCCCAAAAACAAGGUGCAUAUUUAAUGUGGGGGAUGUGCAUGUUGUAUGACAGAAAAUAUAGUAUUAUAGUGGAUUGAUUGUAAAAGAAAUGUUAUGUAUUAUAAUGCAGUAAGAAGUAGUCUGUGUAAGUUAAUGUCUUUUGGAACUUACUCUUGAGGGCUGAAAGUGGUCUUUAACAUACCCAGUGUAA